CAGCCGGGGGGAGUGGUGGGCCUCGCUGGGGGGGGCCGCGGCGCUGGCUGUGGUGGGCGCGGCGCUCCUGUGGUGGUGGCGUCGAUGGAAAAGCACCAUGUUUGUGGACGGCAUCAACUGGAAUUACAAAGAUGGGCUGGAUCUCUCCAAGUUCUGCAGGGAGGAGUUCAUUAUAGGUUGCGACAAGCUGACCAUCCUUGACGAGCAGCCGCUGGGGUAUGGCCACUUCGGAAUCGUGCGGCGGGGUGACCUGCGGACCGAGGGUGGCGUGAGGAGGGUCGCCGUCAAGACGCACAGCAGAGACGAUGACUCGAACAAAGAGAUCAGUCGGUUCCUGAAAGAGGCUGAGAUCUUGCAGGACAUCCGCUGCCACCACGUCGUGCAGCUGGUGGGCGUGGUCUCGGACUCCGACUCCCUCUACGUUGUGAUGGAGUUGAUGGAGGAGAGGACCUCAAGGAUUACCUGA